AUGUCUGGGGUUCAGUUACCUGCGCAGCUCGAAGCUGCCGAAGGCAUUCCGAUUGCGCAAUUGAGCCCCGAUGUCCAGGAGUUGAAGAAACGCGUCGCCAGGGGUGUUGUCACAAUCACCUGGCCGUACAGUAUUGUCAAGAAGACGAUUGCUUUCCUCCUCGCCGAGCCGGACUUUCGACUUCGUCGCGCUAAGGGCCAAGUACGCGUCGAGUUUGAUGGACCGAGUGCGAAGGCUGUUGCUGAUGCGGCUCUUGGAAGUGGCGAUGAGAUCGCGCUGUCGCUGGAUGGAGUCGAGUUCGUUGCGGAUGACUCCAAGACACAUGUUCCCGGGAUGAGCUUGAAAUGGCAGUUGAGGUUCACAGAAAGGGUGCUCCUACAGGCCAAAAUCAGCGACUCUGAAGACGUGAAGGUUAUCGACGUCGACCACCCCGUCCAGUCCGAAUUACAGCCCGAGCUUGAAUUGCCACAGUCGCCCAUCGACCCGUUUACAGAACAGGAAAAGACACCCGAGAGAAUAGCAACACCCGUUAUACCUUCGAGCAAGAGACCCAUCGAUCAGAAUAUUGGGCCAGACGAAUACGCUUCACCCGCGUUCCUCAAGCGCGCCCGGAUGUCGUAUGGGUCUCUGUUCGAUGGCGGCCUGGGCAUUUUCGACGAAGAUACUGGAGCAAAAGCGCGUGCCAAGAAGCGGCCAAAGACUGGUCGAUACAGUGGAGUGUGGAGAUAUGCCAGCCAGUCACCAAGCCCCGAGCUGGAGGACCGUGAAGAUGAAAACAUCGAAGACACGUCAAUGGUUGAGGAGCAACCGGUAGGAACCACUCCUUCGCGGCCAAAGAUGGUCGACGAUGGUUGCCAGACGAUCGAGCGGGAUGUGAGCCCUCCAAGAGAGGUGCAGGUUGCUGCAGAGGCUCGCCAGGAUCCUUCGUACUGGCAGACCCCUUCGAAAUCGACCAUGGUUGACUCGGGGGUUCAGUCUGAUCUACCCCCUAGUCCAAAUGUUGGGCUGACGCCAAGUCUGGCAUUUGAACAACAUGCACCCAUGCCCAUGUUCACCUCGGUACACGAGCAGUAUGCGCCCGCCUUUCAGCAGCCACCUCUCGGCCCGUCUUCAGGGGGCAUGGAGCCGCAUUAUGACGCUGAAGGGUCAUUCCACGAGCAUUCGAAUGCAUAUCCGGAGGCUGGGCUCGACCAUAGCCUUGAUACGCAUGGUCACUACCCGACAUCCUUUCUCGAUGGUCCCAACUUUGGACAAGAUGUUGCGGCCACGUCACAGCCUGUGUCUGAGCCAAUACCCGCUUACCAAGACCAUCCGCAACAGCAUAGCCUUGAAGGAGAGCACCAUACAGUCGUCAUGGAUGGCAUUGCAGAGCCUGAACAAGUUCCUUGGGGUCUUACAUCCGCACACUACUCUAGGGCCCCUGUGAAAUCCGAGGAUGCAGCAGUCGAUGAGCAGCAGGCUGGACAACAAUCUGGCACACAAGCUAUACCCAGCGGCAAUUGGGCCGAAGACCGCAAGAUUCGGGCCACAGAGAACCACGAGGACCCCGAAGGCGAGCAGGAGGCCUUGAAAGUGGAGGAAGAUCAGGCCUCGGAGGAUGAGGACGGCCCUGAAGAGGAGUUUCAUUCAAGGACGUACGCUGAGAGACACUUUGAGCCUGCGGAUAAUGAAGCUGGAACAGGCAACCAAGAUGAUAGCAGCAGUAGCAGCAGCAACAGCAGCAGUGAAGACGGCGAAGAGGAGGCCGAGCACGAUGCAGACGAUGCUGGUGGGGACUACGACAUUACCAACUACCGCAAUCUCAGCAAUAACCAGGAUGACGAUGACGGUACAGAUUUAGAGUCGGACUAUGGUCAAGAGGAAGAGGACGAAAUACUCGAGCCUGAACUUCAGGGCAACGAGGAAGACGAGCUUGAAGAAGAUGUUGAGGACUACGGAGAAGAAUACGACGAAUACGACGAGGAGGAGGACUACGAGGACGAGGACCAAGAGAACGAGCCACCGCCUGCUGCACCACAAGGAGGAGCCCCGGAGGUAAUCAGCCUGCUUUCGGAUUCCGAAGACGAGGACGAAGCCCCGCCAUCUCGACCCACUCCCGCUCAAGCACGGGGGAUGCCGCAGUACGAUGGGUCCACUGACGAAAUGGAAGAGGAUGAUCCGAGCGACAGGGAGGAUAGCGAAGCAAAGUACGGCAGCAACGAAGAGGGCCAGCAAGGCUUCUCUAGCUCGUCAGAUGAAGAGAGCGAAGAGGAGGCGUCCCAUGUUGGCACGCUGACGCCGAAGCCUGGGCCGACGUCUUCAAGGUCUGUGUUCGAUGCUCCGGAUUUGACGUCGGUGACGCUUGGCGACGAUCUCGAGACGAUGAGUCCCAUCAAGCUAUCACAGGCCACGGGUCUCUCUGGAAACUCUUCUCGGCCCAGUUCCAGGGAUGACUCGGAGAUGCUCGCGGCAGAAUUAGAAAAGGAGUUAGAGGAGGAAUUGGCCGCGGACGCCUCCCAGAGCGACCGGGAAACUCCAGAGCGGACAGGUCUUGAGAUGAACAAGGCUUUGGAUGCCGGAUUAGAAGUCCAAGAAGCCGUGUCGUCUGCAGAAAUUCUAGCCAACGUUGAUGCGAAAGAACAGACAUCGUCACGCGAAGAGGUCGCCAUUAACGAGGACUCUGAGGCACAAGAGGAACAACCCCAGAUUCAGCCCGACGAGCCGACCACCAAGAGCAAACCGACGCCGGUAAUCAAGACGGACGCGGAGACCAAAUUCCCAGUGGAAGAAGAAUCGAAGAUCUUAGUUGACGAAGACUCCAACAUCCCUAUGGAUGACGAUCGGGCUCUCUCAUCCUACCCAGCUACAGAGGGAACCGAAACCCAACAGGAUGCGGCCCUAUUAAAGGCAAAGGCGGGCAGCAACUCCGAAUCCCAAGUCGAAGAGACACUCUCUUUCGACCAUGUCGUGGACAAAGUCGAUAGCCAAAAACCGCCGGAAACGCCAGAAGUUAUCAUCGCCGAGGAGGUCCCUGGCCCCCAAACGGAAGAGACGCAUGUCGACUCUAAAAAAGAGAUGCUAGCCGCCACCGAUCUCCGACCAACGCCAUAUGCCGAAGUCAGCGUGGCCGAGGUCGCUGAGGUGCAAACGGAAAAGACUCAGGUUGAGCAAGUCGAAGAUGACCAAAGAUCAGUCAGAGAACACGCACGAGACCUGGUCAAUACCCAGGUGACCGAGACUCAGGUCGAUGUCUCCGAGGCACAGAUCGAAGAGAGGGCAUCCCCUGAGGGCGAUCAAGUUAUGUACACGGAGCAAAGUGUCGUGAUAGAGUCCGAGGUCGAGACAGAAGAAGUCACGACUUUCCCCGAGACUACGGUCGAGAUAGACAUGGAUUCUACUAACGGGGAUUCCCCUGACCCUAUCGAUGUUGACAUGGCUGAUACUGAAGCAAUGUCCGUUGACGAGACCAGAGAUCAAGACUCCGAUGUGGACAUGGACGAGAUGACAGAGGAGCAGCUCAUUCAAACCCAGCUGCAAGAGGAGUCAAUGAUGUUCGAGGACCAAACAGUCAUAACAAUUACGACAACGCAGACGGUUGAAGAGCGGCCAGUCUCGCAAGAGAGCAAGACUGCUGAAGACGCCGAUGCUGCCCCAGUAACGGAGGUUAUUGAGACAUCACGGGUAACGGUCGAGACAUCCGUUACCGAGCCCCUAGCUAGUGUUGAUGAGCGCUUGCUUGAGGCAGCGUCCGAAGACGUAAUGGACGUAGAAGAGCCGAACUACAAGGGGUCAACAGAGGUGGCGUCGCCUCCUAAGACGGAUAAAAUCCAGCCUCAGUCUUUUGAGGAGGUCGAGCUUGUCGAUACGCAAACUUCACACUCUAACGAGCAACCCGACAUGCAGGAUGAUGUGCAGCUUCUCACUGCGGGUGGAACGCAACACGCUGAAAGCGUCUUGCAGUCUUUCGUUGAGACUCAAGUCACAGAGGCUACGGAGGUCACAGAGGCCAAUACACAGGUCACUGUACCGGAGAUUGAUGACGAUGCUCCAUCACAAAUUCAGGUCACUAGGCCAGAGGACGACAAGUCAUCGCAGACUCAGGAGCAACCGGAGAACCAAGCAGCAUCAUCCACGACGGUGGUCCCAUCACGACAAUCCAUCGAACCUACCCUAGAAGCAUCGUAUGAAGCUGAUGUGACUUCACCCACUAAUGACGAGUUAUCACAAAACCGAGAUUCCUCGGCGCAGCCGUCCGAAGGGCAGUCUUCUCUUAUCGCCGAGGACGCCUCGGAGGAAGUCAACGCUGCGCAGCCAUCUCCGAGGCCGGGGCGCGGACACCGAAGAGACAGGUCGGAUACUACCAACAAGGAUCAGGAUCCUAGUAUUAGAUUGGCCCGUGCGUCCAUCGCAUCGCGCCGGUCGACACGCAUAUCAGACCGCACUACCCCUGACAGCACGCGACUUACCCGUGGCAGAUCACAGAGCCUGGCCUUGAAGAGUGAUUCGCCGGAUGCUGAGGAUGAUAGCGUGCAGCUGGCGAGGAGCGCCAUUGAGUCACCGUCGCGGGCUCCGAAGGUUCAGGACCUAAAAGAAAAGGAGGCCAUUAAGCCCAAGGAGACAAAAGAACCCAAGGAGAAGGAGGUCGCCAAGUCGAAGCAGAACAAACGAGAGGCAACACCCAAAGAGGCCGCCGAGCAGACGCCUGCUGCGCUCAAAGCGCAGCUCGCGAGGUCGCUACGCGCCGACGUGCCCGACUGCAUUUCACUCAAGGUGCUCCGGAAUCAUCCGGGCAAGGCCGUGGAUGUGCUCGUGAUUGCAACGACAGAGCCGCCCGAGGCUAAGCGCGCCAAGGGAGGCCCGCGGGGCAUCAUGCUGGCGUUCAACGUUACAGACCACUCGAUCGCGCCCUCGCAGACGGUCGCGGUGCAGAUUUUCCGCCCGCACAAGGCGGCGCUGCCGGUGGUGCACCCAGGCGACGCGAUCCUGCUGCGCAACUUCAGCGUCAUGGUGCUCACGGGGCGCGGUUUCGGGCUCCGGGCCAACGACGGUUCUAGCUGGGCCGUCUUCGAGCGCGAGAGCCAGGACGACCUACCCCAAAUUCGCGGGCCGCCAGUGGAGCUGACAAAGGGGGAGACGUCGUAUGCGGCUCUGUUGAAGCAGUGGUACGCCUGCCUGGACGCGAAGUCGCUCGCGCGGUUGGAUAAGGCUAACGAGGCGGCGCCGGCGGUUGGCAAGUAA